AAUCAUAAUCUAACCACGCUAACCACAAGUUAAUUUAUGCUCAUAACAGAACAUAAUUCUAAUUUUUCAAUAACCGUACGGGAAAAUUCAAGUCCUAUUAAUAAUUUUUGGUGUGUUUCAACUGGAAUUUAAAAAAAAAUCAGGUGUGACCACCAUAAAAAUCUUAGGUUAGAACUCUAGCGUUUUGGAAACUGCCUUUAACAUAGUGUCAAACAAGAUUUAAGGUGGCCACAAUGUCGGCUAUCGAAUAUUCAAAAGCACUCGUUGCACGGGGAAGAUCUUCAUGGAAAAACGUCCACAACUGUAAACUGUGCCCCUAUUUUACGACAUCGAUUUUGUGUAUGGUGAAUCACGUGAGGCGACAUCGCCCAUCUCUGGAAAGAUUUACAUGCUCCGAAGCCAAACUCGAAGUGUAUUAUUGCAAAGACUGCGAUUUUAAAACGGAUCUAACGAUUCUGUUCAAACAACACAUUAACAAACAUCACGGCCUUAAGAGUGAAUCUAGAGAAGUUUUGUCAAUUGAGGACUUCACCAUAAAAAACUACGUUUGCGAAAAAUGCGCCUUCGAAACAAAUUUCUUGAUGAAGUGGCGUCAACACACUUCCAUAUGCACGGAAAAGAAAGAAAAUGUGCAAAGUCUGAGUCCCCCGAGCCAGAAUGCCACGUACGAAGAAACUGGUAAAUGGCACAAGUGCAAAAAAUGCGCUUUCAAAACUAAAGCAAAAUGGAUUUUAAAAUACCACACGCAUAGCACACACGGGCGGGGAAAACAUGAUAAAUGGCACGAAUGCAAGCUGUGUCCAUUCAAAUCGAAGUAUAAGGAAUCUGUGAAAAGGCAUCUAAGUGUGAAACAUCUCGACGAAAAAGAAGUUCAGUGGUACGAAUGUGCGAGCUGUUCCUAUAAAAGUAAAAGAAGCGAUAAGUUGAGACAACAUGUAAGUGUUCGCCAUCCAGAUAUCAAACCAUUUCAGUGCGAACGUUGUCCAUAUAAGGCUAAGUUAAUAAGUCAUUUAAAGGAGCAUAUAUACAACAACCAUUCCGAUUGUCCCGAAGGAAACGUUAAAUGGCACAAAUGUGAGAAGUGUCCAUUCAGAUCUAAGUAUGAGAUAUCUUUAAUCAGGCACGUAAAGAACCAACAUGUAGAUGAGUGGUUCAAAUGUACGAGCUGUUCAUAUAAAAGUAAAGAAAAAGAUAAGUUGGAGCAGCAUAUAAAUGUUCGACAUUUAGAAAUCAGACCAUUUCCGUGCGAAUAUUGUCCAUAUAAGGCGAAACACAGUAGUCAUUUAAAGCGUCAUAAAAUUCAGAUGCAUUUGGACGUUAAAUGGUACAAAUGCUUUCUAUGUUCUUACAAAACUAAAAACAAAUUGGCUUUGUAUAAGCACAAAAUUAAAUGUAUAGAUUUUCAUUUUUAAUAAUUUGGUUGUAGUAGCAUUAAGCUGUGUAUGUAAC